AUGAUAGACGCAGUUAAGGAUUAUUUAGUUCCAAAAAGAUUUGGUAUUGUCGGCUAUGUAUGUGUAAUUGUUCAUUUCCUUUGUGGAUUGGUAUUUACUGCUGUUGCUGCAGCUUUGAGAGAUAGCGAGAACGGGAAAUUUUCUUGCUCUGUUGAUGCUAAAAGUACGGCCACGUACAAGAAACAGGUCGAUCAGGCAUGUUUGGCAAGGUAUGAUCAGUCAUAUAGUCCCCAUCUACCUUUGUACGGCUUUGUUUUAGUCAGUAUUGGAUUGCCAGUUCUUGUCAGUGUUGUUUAUUCACUGAUAGUGCGCGAUCGCGUCGACGAAAUACAGUCAAGACAUGAACGACAAGCUGCCGUGAAUCAUGAACAGGACAGGGAAACGGUAUAUGUUUUUUAUUUCUAUUUUGUCCACCUUGUUGUGCGUGCGUUAUUUGGGAUCAUUUUAACUGUUUUACAACACAGAUAUUUCUAUUCUGAUGGGUUUGAUUUCAAAUUCAACUGUAAUUACAAUACUACAUUAGUAACAUGUGAAAAUGCAACCGCAUCACGAAAACGGUUAUCGGGUAUAUUUGUGUUUAUAAUAAACGGUAUUGUUGCCUUUGUUAUACUUGGGGAAGUUAUUUGUCUCUCUUGGCGACGUUUACCAUUCCUAAACUCUCGUUCUGGAGUUGGCUGGAGUUGUGAUACUGACUUUGUCAGAGCUCAUUUUCUUCGCAAGCGAUAUGCACCUCUUGAACUUCAACUGACACCCAUCGAAUAUAUAUACUCGUAUAAACAACAAAUUUUGAGUCGUCCUCGAUUUGACUUUUAUAUUAAACUUGUUAUCCACACUGAACGAGCUCCGCAUAAAUUUUCCAAAGACAUGGAAAGACACGAAAAGUUCGAUGUUUAUAUGAAAGUUCCUUCAACCUCAAUAUGUUUAGAAAAUAUUAAAGAUUUAUUUUACCCCAACAAAGAUACAAAGGGUAAUUUUCCUCGCAGCAUUCUGGUGAUUGGACGUCCCGGAAUUGGAAAAACGGUCUUGACCGAAAAAAUUGUCCGUGAUUGGGCUGAAUCCACUAAUCAAAUUAAUGAACAUUAUUAUGACAAGAUCCCCUUCUUUUUUAAAUUAAGAUGGUUCAAUAAUACAUCAGAAAACAUAUCCCUAAAGACAUUUCUUCAGUCUGGAACGGGACUGAGCGAUGAAAAAUUUGAAAGUAUUUAUGAAGAAAUUAUUAAAAAGCCCAAAAAAGUCAUUCUUAUUUUUGAUGGGUUGGAUGAAUUUCAUGGCAACCAAAUCAAUUGUUCCGACCAAUCCAGAAUGAUUCCAAAUGACCCCAAAACUUGCAUGUCUAUAAUGAAUUUAUUCGUUAAACUGGUUUUGGGCGACCUGUUGAAAGGAGCAACGGUUCUAGUAACAAGCAGACCGACUGCAGAUGAUUUUUACUCCAGGCUUGAUUUUGAUCGAAGUGUGGAGAUUAUUGGUUUCACUCCCGAUAAAAUUGAAGAGUAUGUCAGCCGAUUUUGUAGGGAAAAUAACAAAACGGACCUUGAAGUAAAGAUAUGGGAGCACAUCAAAUCCUCAUCAGAACUGUUGAACUUAUGUUACAUUCCAGUUAACUGCUUUAUAGUGUGUGUUACCCUCUCUGGAUGUCUUGGUGAGCCACAAAAUGACACAAAUGCUCUUCCAACAACCCUAACAGAACUUUACCAGAACGCUUUACGUUAUUAUGAAAAAUACGAUAAUAACAGAAAUACAGAGGGAAACCCUAAGACAACGGAAAAGACUUUAAAGAAACUUCAACUAUUAGCAUUCCGUGGCAUGAAAAAUGGCGAACUGAUUUUUGAUCAAGAAUUUGUUGAUAAACAAAUGAAGAAGUCUUGUUUGUUGAACAGUUUGUCUAACCCUAUUUUUCCAAUUCAAACACAGUUUUGUUUUAUUCAUUUAACCAUACAAGAAUUUCUUGUUGCACGACACGUGACUGAAACACUUGCUCCACCUGAAAUAAAGAAGUUUAUUUCCGAUCAUGUUCAAAGUGGUAGAUGGCAUUUAGUUCUUCAGUUCAUUGCAGGACUUUUGGGUAAGAAAACCGAGAUGUUUGAGUACAAAGAUUGUGUUUGGGCAUUUGCAGAAAGUUUCGAAGUUACUCAUGGUGAAAUUACACUUAAUCUCAAUCAAGUGUUUCUAAUGACAUGUUUAAUGGAAGUGGACAAUGGCGAGAUUGCUAAAGAAGUUUUCGAGACAACUGCUUUGAACGAUGUUGUAAUGCUUGAUAAUGCUUAUUAUCAUGCUUCCCCAAGUGAAAUGGCAGCG